AUAUAAAUUGGUCAACAAUGGAAUUGUAACCACAGAGAGAGAGAGAGAGAGAGAGAGAGUACCUUCAUGAGCUGCUUUACCUGCAGCUAGCCUUGGAGGAGUUAUGGGAAAGGCAAGCAAAUGGCUCCGGGGCUUGUUGAUAGGCAAGAAGGAGAAGGAGAAGGUGAAGGGUGGGAAUUUGACGAUGGGAUUGACUGCAGAAAACAGAUCAGCUUCUGUAGCAGUUCCAGCAACUAAGGAGAAGAGGAGGUGGAGCUUCCGGAGAUCGGCGGGAGCUGCAAAGGAUUUGAAUUCGGCAGAGCCAAGAAUAAGUGUCCCUUGCCGUGAGUUAUUUGAUUCAGAGAUUGAUCAGAAGAGACAAGCCAUGGUUGUAGCUGUGGCCACUGCAGCAGCAGCCGAUGCUGCGGUGGCUGCAGCACAUGCUGCGGCAGCAGUAGUGCGUCUCACUGCUGUGGCAAAUGGUAGAAAAACAAGGGCCGCCUUUGAGGAAGCUGCUGCUGUCAGAAUACAAUCUGUCUUCCGAUCAUAUCUGGCAAGGAAAGCAUUAUGUGCAUUGAAAGGAUUGGUAAAAUUGCAAGCAUUGGUGAGAGGGCAUUUGGUCAGAAAACAGGCUACUGCAACCCUCAGAUGCAUGCAAGCACUUGCUAAUGCGCAAGCUCGGGCUCGGGCAAAAAGAAUAGGGAUGAUCGAAGAGUCACAAGCUACUAUAUCACAAAGGCAGCAGAAUUACAGGAGAUCGCCACAGCAUUCCCGUUUCAGAAAGUCAUUUGAAAUGAAUAGGAACGAAGACGAGAAUGUCAAAAUUGUAGAGAUGGAUCUUGGGGAGACCAGAAGCACUUCAAAGGGCAGAAGCAGUUAUUCCAUAGGACAAACUGAGAGCAUUGACCAGAUAUUUUCUAUAUACAAUAAAGCUACCUGCAGACCUAGCAAGGCCGAUCUCCCACCACAGUUCUCACCUGCCCCAUCAACCUUAACUGAGAUGAAUCCCAUGAGCCCCCGAGCAUACAGUGGCCACUUUGAGGAGUUCUCCUUUGCCACAGCACAAAGCAGUCCACACCUAUCCGCCAUGUCCAUGCCCACACACAACUUUUUUGACUAUCCCAAUUACAUGGCUAACACAGAAUCCUUCAGAGCUAAGGUACGGUCACAAAGUGCACCAAGGCCAAGAAUUGAUACUUAUGAGAGGCAAUCAAGCAGGAAGAGACCGUCGGUGGAGGGUAGAAAUAUUCCAAGGGGAAUUAGGAUGCAAAGAUCCUCUUCUCAUGUUGGUUUGACAGCCAAUAGUUACCAAUAUCCAUGGUCAAUCAAGUUUGAUAAGUCCAACAUGUCUCUCAAAGAAAGUGAAUGUGGUUCAACAAGUACUGUACUCACAAAUUCAAACUACUGCAGAUCUCUAGUCGGGUAUGAGGUCCACGGGAAUAAUUACUGACAUCAUUCAUCUCUCACAAAUAAUAUCUUCUGACAAGCGUAACAGCAAUAACUGCAAAAGAUACAUCGUAGUCCUUAUUUCAAAAGGACAAACUAUUAUGUGCGGAGUUUUUAUGUUGUCCAGAGACCAAUAAAAAUACGCCAAAUUGCCUCAAAAGUAUAUCGCGCUCGGUACCAAGCGGUACCGGACGGUUCUCCCGUCCGAUGUCUGCACAGAAUAAUCUCUCCUCCAGAAGACAUUUCCGAAACCGAUAUGUUGAUUUUCAAUCUACAAAGAAAUAAACAUUAAGCUCCUUAGUAUAAAUAUAGUUUAUAGCUUUUGAUCAUGCAGUCAUAUAUGCACGUCUAUGUUUGCUUCUUCAAGACCUAAAUGAAUGGAGAGUGUUUAA